AUGGAACGACUGGAUCGCACCGAGACGAACUCCCCCAAGGCAGGUGGUGAAGCCAGCCUGAACGAGGUUGACCUUGUCACGAGCCAAAAGAUGGAUAGGAGAAUGUUACUCAAGACGGACGCUGUCAUACUCGUGCAACUUGUGGCCAUUGCAACAUUGGAGUUCCUCGAUAAGAAUUCCCUGGCCUACUCAGCUAUCCUCGGCCUGCGAACAGAUACCAAUCUCGUCGGACAGCAAUACUCUUGGCUCGGCUCGAUUUUCUACUUUGGCUACCUGUCGGCGCUCCCGCUCUCUGCUUUUCUUGUGACACGCAUGCGUGUUGGCCAGCUGGUCGGCAUCUCAACAGCAGGCUGGGGAGUAUGUCUCAUGUGCAUGGCGGCGUGCCAUAACUUUGGAGGCUUGGCAACAGUGAGGUUCUUCCUGGGAGUAUUCGAGGCAUCAAUCCUUCCUUGCUUCAUGAACCUCUCGGCCGCGUGGUAUAAGCGGAGCGAGCAGCCGCUGCGAACGGCAUUUUGGUACAAUACGUUUGCCGGAAUUUUUGGUGGAAUAUGCGCAUACGGCAUCGCUACCCGCGACGCUCCUUUGGAGUCUUGGAAGAUCAUGUUCCUGAUAUAUGGGUCCAUUACCGUUGUCAUUGGUACACUCUCAACCUUUCUCCUACCCGACAAGCCAGCCCGAGCUUGGUUCCUCAACGCCACCGAAAAGGUUCAGGCCGAGGUGCGUCUCAAGGAAAACCAGCAAGUUUCCGAAUCUACCAAUUUCUCCUUUGCUCAAUGCUUGGAAGCCCUCUUAUCGCCAGAGUAUUGGACCCUCGUCAUUUUCGCCAUUGCUCAGUCCAUUACCAAUGCCGGUGUGACAAACUUUAAUCCGCUGGUCAUCUCUGGUUUUGGAUUUUCGGCGCAGCGCACCACGCUUCUGGCCACACCUCAGGCAGCAGUCGCUUUCAUUGCGCAAUCCACACUGUCCAUCCUGGUCCUAUAUCUCCCCAACAUUCGCUGCUUGAUUUGGGUCUUCUCAUGCUUGCCUGCCUUGGCUGGCGCAUUGAUGAUCCACCUGGUCGACCACACUACACAACGUGGCACCGCUCUUGCAGGCGUCUAUCUCAUGGGCUUCUACAAUGUUUCCUGGGUCAUGGCCCUUGCGCUAGCCACUGCCAAUACCAGCGGAAAGACCAAGAAGGCGUUUGUAAGCUCUUCCAUGGCGGUGGCCUACGCCGUUGGCAAUAUCGUGGGUCCACAGUUCUUCCGGUCUGAUCAGUCACCUACUUAUAAACUUGGCAUAUUCGCCAUGCUCGUUUGCUAUAUCAUCAUGGCCUGCUGCGGAAUUGCAUACUGGGGGAUUGUACUAUGGUUGAACAAGAGCCGUGCGUCUGCACAGGCCAAGACCAGUACACCAGAAGGUCAUUCCGUGGCGAUGAAUGACCAAGGAAAGCUUGACAUGACUGAUCGUGAAAACGUCAAUUUUGUGUACGCUUAUUAG